AAAUUUUAGAAUCUAGGAUCCACUUUGUUUUGCAAUGAGAAUCCCCUAUUAGUUCAUUGUAGCUAAUAGGGUCAGAAGUCCUUUACAUUCAUAUUUAAUUUUAACAGUAUGUUUACUUGAGUUUGUAUUAGGAAAAAAUAAUCUAAGUGUAAGAUAUCUUGUGGUAUAAAAUUUUCUAUUAAAACAAGUUUACAUCUGAGUUAAAAGUUGACUUAUCCUAAAAAAAAAUAUUGAUUAACAGUAGUAGAGGUAGCAAGUAGAUUUUAGCAAAGUUUUUGCUUGGGGAAUGUGAAUAAAAAAUUUUGGAAAGUACUGAGCUUGGGGAUCAAGAUGAAUAGGGCUCAGUGUACCCUCACAGCCUACAAAGAUAAACCCCGGAUGAUCAGUGUGAGAACUGCAGGCAGAAGAUAUGGACAGGGUGCUCUGGGCUUACAGAGAAGAGUGCAGAAAGGAACUUGGUAGUCGUUAUGAGAAGGUCAGGAAAUGCUUCCCAGAAUCAAGUAGUAAGGACUGGCAGGCGUUAGGUGGUUGCAGAAAAAAGUUUAUGAAUCAGAAGCAGUUGAGUAUGAAUGGCUCUGUAUUGCAUGUUGUGGAGUGACUGGAAAUAAAAGCAGGAACAGCAUUAUGAAAGACCUUUCAUGCUUUCAAAGUAGGGCAUUUGGACUUUAUUCUUAACAUGAAGGGAAGCUAUUGAAUGAUUUUAAGCAGUAAAAUGUUAUGACCAGAGUUUUAGAGAGUGCCAGGUUUGAAGGGAAGUCACCAUCUAGAAGGCUGCUUAUUAAGUUAGUUCAGAGAAGAAAAGGUGAAGCGACAGAGAAGGUAGUGUCAUUGGCAUGAACAGGUGUAUGGGUGCUAAUUUUAGAUUUCGUCAGUGGAUAGAAACGACAGGUCUUUGUGGUCAGAUGGAUAGGAAUGCUGAGAGAGACUGGGGAGCCCAGGUUGUCCCCAGAUUACUGGUUUGAUGAAGCAGGUGGCAUGUAGAGCAGUUGACUGAUAAAAUUCAGAAAGAGGAAUGAACUUGGUUUCAUUUGUUUGUUUUUGAAUAAAAAGAUAAGUUUAUUUUUGAACUUAAUCUGAGAGACUUGUGGGACAUCUUGUUUAGGAUCCAGUGGCAGUUGAUGGGGACUAUGGAGAUGCAGUGCAGCCUAGAGAAAUUAGAGACUUCAUCUGGGCAUUCCAGCCAUUGUUUGCUACAGUGCAGGAUGAGAUAAUUUAAAGUGGCACAUGGAUUCUUUAAUAGUUAAUUACGUAAUGUGUAUGAAAAACGUAAGUUUUAUCUCAAAUCUAUGAUAUCAUGGAUAUUAUCACUUGGGCCAAGUGAGCCCAGUAAAAGAGAACUGCUAAGUAAAUAAAAAUACACAUGAUAUGUGGAAAUGGCAAAAAUCAUGGUGAAGCCGUGCAAAUGAUGAAGUGCAGAAAGUACUAUUGAAGCCCUGGGUGCGGUGCGUGAGGUCACCGAGGAGAGAGUGAGCCUGAAAAGAAAAGAGAGGUGACAUUUGGGUGGCGGGGAAUGGAGAAGAAGAGCCCAUGGAAACUGAGGAAAAGCAGCCAGAAGAAUAGGAGGAAAACCAGGAGAAGAUGGUCUUUGGAGUCCAGAUGAAGAGUUCUGAGGAGGAGGAAGUGGUCAACAGCGUCAAGAUGGUACAGCAUGGCUGAUUUUGUCCUGGGAGAUUUCACUGUAGCAGAUGAUGCCUUGUUAGAAGAUUGCCCUUAUGUGGACGAUUGUAUCUUUCCUCUUGAAUCUAUGUCCAAUGAUUAUGUUCGUGUGACUCAGCUUUACUGCAAUGGGGUGGGGAUGCAGUAUAAAGAUUUUACCCAAAGUGAGAGAAACUUAGAAUUUGAUAUCUGCAAUAUGUGGUGUAGUACACCAGUUUCCAUUCUGCAAGGUUACUGUGAAGCCAUCAAAGUACACAUCUUCUGGCCGCUUCUGUGUCAGCGUCGGCACAGCUCUGUAAUCUCACGCUUGCACCCUUGUGUGGAGGCCGGCAAUUCUCAUGCUUCUGAGAUAAGUUUGAAGAAAUUACAGCAUCUAGAAUUGAUGGAAGAUAUUGUGGAUUUGGCAAAGAAAGUUGUGAAUGAUUCAUUCUUUAUUGGAGGCUUAUUGAGAAUUGGUUAUAAAAUAGAAAAUAAAAUCUUAGCAAUGGAAGAAGCUUUGAAUUGGAUAAAAUACACAGGUGAUGUAACAAUUCUACCUAAAUUAGGAGCAGUUGACAAUUGUUGGACUAUGUUAAGUAUAUUCUUUACUGAAUACAAAUAUCACAUAACUAAAGUCAUAACAGAAAACUGCAAUAUGGUUGAAGAAUUUAAAACUCAAAAUUGUGCGGAGUGUAUAGAGCAAGGAGAACUAAUGAAAAUGAAAGGAAAUGAAGAGUUUUCAAAAGGAAGAUUUGAUAUAGCUAUUAUCUAUUACACCAGAGCCAUUGAAUAUAGACCUGAAAAUCACCUUCUUUAUGGUAACCGAGCUCUUUGUUUUCUUCGCACUGGACAGUUUAGAAAUGCACUUGGUGAUGGAAAGAGAGCCAUUAUUCUAAGGAGCAAUUGGACAAAGGGUCAUUAUCGUUAUUGUGCUGCUCUUUCUAUGCUGGGGGAAUAUGACUGGGCCCUGCAAGCAAACAUAAAAGCUCAAAAACUCUGUAAAAAUGACCCUGAGGGAAUCAAGGAUCUAAUUCAGCAGCAUGUAAAGUUACAAAAACAAAUAGAAGACCUGCAAGGUCGAACACCAUCUAGGAAUCCAAUUAAAGCCUUUUACGAAAGCAGGGCCUACAUACCUAGUUUAUCAGCACCUGCAUUUACUACUUCUCUUAACUUUGUGGAAACUGAAAAAGAUCCCAGAAAAAGUAAGCACGAAAUGGCAAACGGUGGUAAUCAGAAUCUAAAGGUGGGAGAUGAAGCUUUGAAGGUAGAAGAUUGUGACUGUCAUCCUGAAUUUCUGCCACCAUCAAAUCAGCCUCCAAAAUAUAAAGGAAAACAAAAAUCUCGAAACAAUGAAUUGGAGAAGUUCAGUUCUAGUUCACAGGAGAGUUUACCAGUAGAUUGGAAAAACAUCUUGGAAAAACAGUUUUCUAAAUCUUCCAGAGCUGCACACCAGGAUUUUGCGAAUAUAAUGAAAAUGCUAAGAAGCUUAAUCCAGGACGGCUACACAGCUCUGCUGGAGCAGCGCUGCCGCAGCGCCGCACAGGCCUUCACGGAGCUGCUUGAUGGUCUAGAUCCUCAGAAGAUAAAGCAAUUGAACCUGGCCAUGAUUAACUAUGUCCUAGUAGUCUAUGGACUUGCUAUUUCUCUCCUUGGAAUAGGACAGCCUGAGGAAUUAUCUGAAGCUGAAAACCAGUUUAAGAGGAUGAUUGAACACUACCCCAAUGAGGGACUUGAUUGCUUGGCCUACUGUGGAAUUGGAAAAGUAUAUUUGAAAAAGAACAGAUUUCUAGACGCUCUUAAUCACUUUGAGAAAGCAAGAACCUUGAUUUGUCGCCUUCCUGGAGUGUUAACUUGGCCCACAAGUAAUGUGAUUAUUGAAGAGACUCAGCCAGGGAAAAUAAAGAUGCUCUUAGAGAAAUUUAUUGAAGAAUGCAGGUUCCCUCCAGUGCCAGAUGCCAUUUGUUGCUAUCAGAAGUGUCAUGGAUAUUCCAAAAUCCAGAUAUAUAUAACUGAUCCAGACUUUAAGGGUUUUAUACGAAUCAGCUGCUGCCAGUACUGUAAAAUAGAAUUUCACAUGAACUGUUGGAAGAAAUUGAAAACAACAACUUUUAAUGAUAAAAUUGACAAGGAUUUUCUGCAAGGAAUUUGUCUUACCCCUGACUGUGAAGGAAUCAUUUCUAAGAUUAUCAUUUUCAGCAGUGGUGGUCAAGUUAAAUGUGAAUUUGAACACAAGAUCGUAAAAGAAAAGGUUCCUUCAAGACCUAUUCUGAAACAGAAAUGUUCUAGCCUAGAGAAGCUAAGACUGAAAGAAGACAAAAAAUUGAAGAGAAAACUCCAAAAACAAGAAGCAAAAAAAUUAGCACAAGAAAGAAUGGAAGAAGACUUAAGGGAAAAUAAUCCACCCAAAACUGAAGAGCAAAAAGACACUGGAGGCAGUAUUGGGAGUUGCCCGUUCCUUGAUGACAGAAUUCUGCAGUGCAUAAAGCAGUAUGCCGACAAGAUACAAUCUGGUAUUCUGAACACUUCCAAGCUUCUCAAAGAAUUGCUUUCUUGGAAGGUUUUAAGCACAGAAGACUACACAACAUGUUUUUCUAGUAGAAAUUUCUUAAAUGAAGCAGUGGACUAUGUCAUUCGUCACUUGAUUCAAGAGAAGAAUAGAGUAAAGACCAGGAUAUUUCUUCAUGUUUUGAGCGAGCUGAAAGAAGUGGAGCCAAAAUUAGCCACCUGGAUCCAGAAACUGAACAGCUUCGGUUUAGACGCCACAGGACCAUUUUUUUCUCGUUAUGGAGCAUCUCUUAAGCAGCUUGAUUUUAGCAUCCUGACUUUUCUUUGGAAUGAGAAAUAUGGUCAUAAACUAGCCUCUAUAGAAGGAAAACAACUUGAUUAUUUCUAUGAGCAAACAUCAUUGAAGGAAGCACGAUGUUUAAUAUGGCUGCUAGAAGAACACAGAGACAAGUUCCCAGCGUUGCAUAAUGCUUUAGAUGAAUUCUUUGAUAUAAUGGACAGCCGCUGUACUGUGUUAAGGAAACAAGACAGUGGCGAUGUGCCGUUUAAUUCUGCCAAGAUAAAAAAUAAAGGCAAGAAAAAGAAGCCAAAAGAUCUAAAGCCUAUGUUAGUGGGGUCUGGGACCGCUUCAGUAACACCAAAUAAUGAGAUUGUCACUUCAGGUGAAGACCACAGCAGACGCAAUCCAAAUUCUGCAGGUCCAUUUGUGGUACCUGACCACCUUCGGCGAGAUGUAGAAGAAUUUGAGGCUAUAUAUGAACAGCACAGUAGUGAAUAUGUUGUCCGUAAUAAGAAGCUGUGGGACAUUAACCCAAAACAAAAAUGUUCAACUCUGUAUGAUUAUUUCUCUCAGUUGUUGGAGGAGCAUGGUCCCUUGGACAUGAGUAAUAAAAUGUUCUCUGAAGAAUAUGAAUUCUUCCCAGAAGAAACUCGACAAAUACUAGAAAAAGCCGGAGGGUUGAAGUCUUUUCUCCUGGGAUGUCCCCGUUUUGUUGUGAUUGACAACUGCAUUGCAUUGAAGAAAGUUGCAUUACGGCUCAAGAAAAAGAGAAAGAAGAAAAACAUCAAGACAAAAGUGGAAGAAAUUUCAAAAACAGGGGAGUAUUUACGAGUUAAACUACCACUGAAUCCAGCUGCUAGGGAAUUUAAACCAGAUGUCAGGUCCAGACCAGUGUCUGAGUUAUCUUCAGCACCAGCUUCUGAGGACAUGAAGCCCAAACCUGUAUCUGCUAAUUCUCCCCAACCAACCUGUGAAGCGGUGAAGCCGAAUCCAGCAUCUGAUCAUGGUAGAUCAGUUUCGGAGGCUGAGAAGCCCAAGGAGGCCUCUUCUGAUUCCCUCACGUCGGUGUCUGAGGAUGCCGGUCACAAGCAAGUAUCCUGUAAUUCUCCCAAACCAGCUUCUGAGGAUGUGAAACCUGCAUACUGGACACCACCCCAUUUGGUCACAGGAUACUGUACAUACGUUUCCUUCCAGGGAUUUGACAUUAUCCAGACACCACCAACAUAUAUAAGCGUGUUACCCAGUCUGCCCCCGUACACUAACAUGUAUACACCUCUAGCCAGCAUUCCUUCUGAGUAUCAGCUGCAAAGACCGAUAGCAGUGGUGCCCUCAUUUGUAGCCAGUGACAGACCAGAUGACAGUGCUGCCAUGUAUUUUGAGGGUCAUCAUUUGAAUGCUGAGAAUGCACCUCCCGGUAACAAGAUUGUCCCUAAAACACAGACCCUUCAGGACUCUCUGGAAGUAUCAGGAAAGCCACAGUGCAGCGUGAAUGGGGCCGAUAGAGCCCCCAGUGGACCUACCAGCCAUGAAGGCCACUGUGGAAAUUCUGCCAAGUGGAAAGUAAAUCCAGAAAUCACCGACCAAGUAACAGAUACUCCACACACACAGAUGGCCGCGGUGCAGGUACCUUGGAAUAUAACACAUCAAGAAGUCAAUACUGAGCCAUAUGAUCCUUUUGAGGCACAACAGGGAGAGCUCUCACAGAUUGAGAAGGAGCACCAGGCUUUACAAGAGCAGUUUAAGGAAGCGUGUGAAAAUUAUGAGCAGAUUAAACUCCAGGUCUCGGAAGAGAUCAAGGACCUGGAAGAAAAGUUGAAAAGGAACUCAGAAGAAAACAAGAUAUCAAAGACAGAAUUAGAUUGGUUCCUCGAAGAUUUGGAAAAGGAAGUUAAAAAAUGGCAACAGGAGAAAAAAGAAAUCCAAGAAAAUCUGAAAGCACUAAAGAAGAAAAUGAAAAAGGUUUUCAAUGCCAAUGAAACGUAUACCCAGAAAAAUGAUGGGGAGGAUAAGGAACAUGAAUUACUUCUGGAUCAGUCCCUCGAAAUCAGUGAUACAUUUACAAAUGAGAAAAUGAAAAUAGAAGAAUGUAUAAAGAAAGGGAAAGAGACUUAUGAAGAGAGUCUUCAAAGAGCGGUGGCUGCAGAGAUAUCUGUGCUUGAAAACUGGAAGGAGACUGAAGUGUACAAACUACAGAUCCUGGAGUCACAGGCAGAGGCGCACCUGAAGCACCUGAAGCCCCUGAGCAGUGAUUCUGAUAUGGAGUCUGCUGUACUUCCAUGGGAAUCCUUUCUUGGUAAGGUUGGAAAAGAAAUUGAGAAAGCAAAGUCUCAAUUUGAAGAACAAAUUCAGGCAAUUAAAAAUGGCUCUCGGCUCAGUGAACUUUCUAGAGUGCAGAUUCCUGACCUUUCACUUCCUGUCUGUAGCACAAUUCCUCCUGAGUUACCUCCUGGGUCUUCAGGCCACAGUGAUCACGGAACCGUCACUUCAGCAGGUCAUGGGACUGGAAGCCACACGACAGGUCCCGAGGAUUCAAGUCUGGUCCCUGCCAGCGAUGGCGCUGUGGGGCCUUCCUCUCCUCCACUGUCAGGACCGCCCUCCCGUCAGCCCGGAGUCGCCCCGGGACCAGAGUGCAAGAGCGUGGACCAGGAAACUCCGCCGGAACAAAGCCUUGUGGCCAGUCGGAAGCUGCCGGGACGGGCCACUCGGUCGAGCCAGUCUCCAAAAAAGCCGUUCAACAGUAUUAUUGAGCACCUGUCGGCGGCGUUCCCGUGUUACAGCAGCACCGAGCUUGCUGGUUUUAUUAAAAAAGUACGAAACAAGAACAAGAACUCGCUGUCAGGAUUGAGCAUUGAUGAAAUUGCCCAAAGAGUGACAGAACACAUUCUAGAUGAACAGAAAAAGAGAAAGCCUGCUUCCGGAAAGGACAAGAGGUGGUCUGAACCCAGCUCUGCCGCUGCUGUGACCCGGGCCUCCCAGGGCCCAUCUGCCGUGACUGUUGGACCAUCUCCCAAAACCAAGGGACAGAAGACAGAAGAUAUCCCUGGAUUGGGUGCAGCUUCCUGUGAAAUAUGCCGUGAGGUAUUCAAAUCCAAAAAUGUGCGUGAACUAAAAUGUGGGCACAAGUUUCACAAAGGGUGCUUUAAGCAGUGGCUGAAGGGGCAGAGCACUUGCCCCGCCUGCCGCGAUCGGGACCUUCGGUAAGAAGAGUAGCCGGCACCUUCUGGAAGAGGCCAGCCCGCUUUCCUCGGUAGUCACAGCUCACCGAAGAGUCCUUUACUGGUUUGUUCAGGUGGAGGAAUAACAAUGUAUUACUUCUGGUGUGAAGGGGCAGGCACCUGAAGACGGCUGUGUAUCACCGCGCUAAUAGAGGGAAGUCUUUUAGUCGGUAGUGAUUUCCCUGCGCUUAAGAAGCGCUUCGAUAACAGCAAAUUGUGGCUAAUACAAUUCCGCGUAACCA